GGUAGAGGCAGGCAGGUGGAGCAGAGUGUCUAGACAGGAGCUGGUGGUGAAAGCCACUUCAGACCUUGAAAGCCAUAAUGGCGGCUUCCACUGUGCUAAGUCACGUGUGGCCACUGUCCAGUAUGAAUUAAUCUUAGUAUGUGAGAGAGUGGCUCUUGUGAUCUCCACUCAGAUGAGAGAGGAGUCUCACAGAGGUUAAGCAAGCUGUUGCAGGCCACACAGACAGGCUGAGGUGAAGCCCACAUCAACCUCCUUCCCGAGACCCAUGCUAGCUCAAUUGUCUUCUGGAGUUUGCUUCUGGUAGACCAUCCCCCCUUACACAAACGUCCUGUGCAUUAGCCGAGCUCCAGCAAUUGCCAGCUGCCAUGCAACUGUCCAGGAUGUGAGGUCAUGUCUACAGUAACCUAAGAUGGCCGGGCCACGGAAUAGAAGCAGGAUGUUAAAGAGGAAGGCAAACAGAAAGAAAAGUAAAUCCAGAAACUGUUUACCAUUGGUAAGGGUGAGGUAAAAACUCAGGUGCAGCCUUUGAGCUGCCUUGUGUCCCAAGUAGAUGGUGACCGGACAAUGGGUGCUACAAUGCCAACUUGCUCACGACUUGGUGGUUCAUUCCCAUUUUCUGUCAGCCUGCUCACAAAGACUGGGAUGCAGGUAGCUUUCUGUGCAUGCCCUUCUGGAGGAGUCUGUCCCCUGGAGUCAGGGUUCUGAGGAAGGGCACCUCCCUUCUUCAUUGGCUGGGACAAAGUAACCUUCAGUGUCAGCCCACAGGAGUUCUGUCCCUGUAGCUAGGAUAUUGCUAGAGCAUGAAUAAUUGUGACGAGGCCUGAAAGAUAGGCUGAGAAGCCAUGCCAGGCAGAUUGCUGAAAGAUGAUUCCUGGUCCCAGUGACUGCCAGAAAAUCCUGAGGUCACCAAAGGUCAAGAUGAAGAGAGCCUCCAGAGAGAGUAAGGGCCUCUGAAGCAAACGGUUGGACUGCUUCUGCUGAAGUCGCUGCUGCUGAGAAAGCUCCUCACACAGGACUCACCCUGCACCACAGAGCCUCCUGCUGUGUUCUGACACCAUUGGGCUUCCCUUCCUCUCCUUGCCUGGCUAGAACUGCCCCUAGUCCUACCCUUGACAUUGGAGCUUCUGGAAGGCAAUUCUGCCAACUGAACUCUUGUCUCCAAUGAGUAAUUUUUUUUCCUUAAGUGAGAAAAUAAAUCUCACCGUAGGCAAUAUGGAUGUCAGCUGGAUAGCUGAAGUAUUCAGAGCGGACAUUUGAGCUUGUUAGACAACUAGGGACAAAGAAAUAAGAGGACAUUAGCAACUUAGAUAUAUAGAGAGAUCGUUAGCCGACAGCGACUGUGAUAGAGUUCUUGUACCGGAAGCCCUGUUAAGUGUGCACAUCCCAUCCAUUAUCAUCCAGGAUUAUUCAUUAUCCUUUCACAAUAUCAGCACAGGAUGUAAAAAGUUCUUAAAAAAAUGUUAAAGACCCUCAGUUACUCAGCUUGUGGAGCUGUGAUUGUGGAUAUUUGGAAUUCAGAGGUGAUCUCCAAAUGUCCUGUUUGUCACUGACAUCCCUGUUCGUCCUGACCGUUGCUCUGGACUCCCCCACGCUGUGGUCCCCACCUUUUGUCUCCAGCUUUCACUGCCUGCCAAGAGUGCAGGAGCAAUAGGAACUGUGGUAGAGAAGAAAUAAAGGACCCAAGCAAUUCUCCCAGAUGAUGGAUAGGCUGGAGCAAACCAUAAAUAGUCCAAAGUGAAUUUAGUUACUCUUUCUAUUGGCUUGUCCUGUCCCUCAGAGGGAGGAUCUGAGGGAAGAGGUUGAGGAAUUGCUGACAGGGUUGUGCCUUGGCAGCUCCUGCCUUCUGUCUUCACCCAGAGAAUGGGUUACUCAUGCUGGAGUGUAUACCCAGGCCCAUGUGUCUCUGUGUGACAUACUGUCUCUUCCCUGAAAAAUGUGGAACAGAUUGACCAGAGGGAGUCUUGGUCCUUCCCUUUAAAAGAUGAGAUGCUGGUGUCUCCAGGUCUCCUUGCCUUAAAACAAAGAGUGGAGACAGGAAGCGGGCUGAGAAUACUGUUCGGGGGUGCUUCUGGAAGACAAGAGAGACUGUGCUAGAAAGUGGGAUGGGGAGGUAGGCUGCACCUGCCACAGUGCCCAGCACAUAGUAGGCCUCCAAUCUACUUUAUUUAGAAACCAAACCAACCCUCAUUCGUCCUUAUAGGGUGUAAGCUAGAGUGAAAGUGCAUGCUAACUAGUAUUGAGGGUCUCUGACACAAGCAGAAAUAUUGAUCACUGUUGGGAUGGUGAGUCUCUGGUCAGCUCUGACUGGGAAGGGGCUGAGCUUGAUGGGAAAUGUCUCCCCAGACGUAUCUUGAUGGUGAAGGCUAUGUUGACAUCAUUGUCCGGUCUGCAUAAUUGCAUGCUUUGUGGGCAUCAAGGGAAGUUUUGCUUAUUUACUCAGCAGAAAUGGAACAAAAUGGGACCUUUAAGCCAAUGCAAUUGCUUUUUUGACCGUGGAAAGUUUGAUCCAGCCAGUUUGGAGAGAGAGUGCUCUGGAGCCAAAGUCUUAGGUGAUGGAUGGAGUGGCCAGCAGGAGAAAAACAGCCGUGGUUAUUGUUUGCGUAUCUGACCUGCUCCCACACACUGAAUUUUGUGCCAUCUUUGGGCAGGCAGACUUCCCUGACGACAUCGGUGCUGCCCAGAACAGAACAGAGCACAACGUACACAGACUUUAUUUAUUUUACUGCCUUUGAAGGGAGCGUGCGCAAUGUCUCUGAAGUCUCUGUGGAGUAUUUAUGCUCCCAGCCUUGUGUUGUCAAUUUGGAAGCGGUUGUGUCAUCCGAGUUCAGAAGUAGCAUUCCCGUGUACAAAAAGAGGUGGAGGAAUGAGAAGCAUCUUCACACCAGCAGGACACAGAUAGUACACGUGAAGUUUCCGAGCAUUAUGGUGUACAGGGAUGACUACCUGAUCAGACACCCCAUCUCGGUGUCCCCAGUGAUUCUCCGAGCCUGGAUCACUCACUGGCACAGUGGCGGGGGCUUGAACGUGCGAGGGGAGGAGAAUUUGCUGCACGCAGUAGCCAAGAAUUACACCCUGCUGCAGACGGUCCCGCCUUUCGAACGGCCUUUCAAAGAUCAUCAGGUGUGCCUGGAGUGGAACAUGGACUAUCUCUGGAGUCUCUGGGCCAAUAGGAUCCCACAGUGUCCUCUGGAAAGUGAUGCAGUUCCCCUCCUCAGCUUUCCCUAUGCUUCCAGUGGAGAAAACACAGGCAUCGUAAAGAAGCUCCCAAAGUUCCAGAACCGAGAACUAGAGGCCACCCGAAGCCAGCGCGUGGACUACCCCAUGGUCACCAUUUCACUGUGGCUUUAUUUACUCCAUUAUUGCGAGGCCAGCCUCUGUGGAAUUCUGUACUUUGUUGAUUCUAAUGAGAUGUACGGCACGCCUUCUGUUUUUCUUACGGAAGACGGCAGUUUGCAUAUUCAAAUGCAUCUCAUCAAAGGAGAAGACCUGGCUGUAAAAACAAAAUUCACCCUCCCUUUGAAGGAGUGGUGCCGACUGGACAUCUCUUUCAAUGGAGGCCAGAUAGUGGUCACUGCCAGCAUUGGAUGGGACUUGAAAAGCUACCAUAAUCAGACCAUUAGCUUCCAUGAAGAUUUCUAUUACAAUGACACAGCUGGAUACUUCGUUGUUGGAGGGAGCAGGUAUGUGGCAGGCAUCGAAGGGUUUUUUGGACCAGUGAAAUACUAUCGCCUCCGCAGCCUACACCCCGCACAGGUUCUUAAUCCCUUCCUUGAGAAGGAACUGGCUGAACAAAUCAAGUUAUAUUAUGAGCAUUGCGCCGAGGUCUGGGACAUAAUAUCCUCGUAUACUGCAACAGUCCAGGCUGGGGGUGAGAGGCGAGAGACAUGUGACUUCCGUAACUCCUACCUGGACCUCAAGCGCAAGUAUGGGAGAGCCGAGGUGUGCAGAGCCUUACCCUGGGAGAAGGGGCUGAGAGACAGGCACCCCAGCUUGUUCCAGACUCUGCUGCAGAUGGACCUGCUGACCGCGCCACGGAACCAAAAUGACUCCGUAUUAGAAAUCGGUGCGAGGAUAUUUGAGAAGGCUGUAAAGAGACUCUCUGGCGUUGAUGGCCUUCACCAAAUUAGCUCUGCCGUCCCCCUUCUGAUGUAUUCCAGCUGCUGUGGAUACCAUAAAGCAUCCUACUACCUCACCGUCUUCUAUGAAACUGGGUUAAAUGGACCUCGGGAUCAGCUGCAGGGCAUGCUAUACAGUCUGGUUGGAGGCCAAGGCAGUGAGAGGCUGUCAUCAAUGAAUCUCGGGUACAAGCACUACCAGGGUGUUGACAGCUACCCCCUGGACUGGGAACUGUCAUAUGCCUACUACAGCAACAUUGCUACAAAGACACCCCUUGACCAGCACACACUGCAGGGAGACCAGGCGUAUGUUGAAACUAUUAGACUCAAAGAUGAUGAAAUACUCAAGGUCCAAACCAAAGAAGACGGAGAUGUCUUUAUGUGGCUGAAGCACGAAGCCACCCGCGGCAACGCGGCAGCACAGCAACGAUUGGCUCAGAUGCUCUUCUGGGGACAGCAAGGGGUGGCCAAGAACCCUGAGGCUGCUAUCGAGUGGUACGCUAAGGGGGCCCUGGAGACUGAGGAUCCGGCGCUGAUAUACGACUAUGCCAUUGUGUUAUUCAAGGGUCAAGGAGUUAAAAAGAACAGACGGCUUGCCUUAGAGCUCAUGAAGAAAGCUGCUUCCAAGGGAUUGCAUCAGGCUGUCAAUGGCCUGGGAUGGUAUUACCACAAAUUCAGGAAAAAUUAUGCCAAAGCAGCAAAGUACUGGUUAAAAGCUGAAGAAAUGGGAAACCCAGAUGCAUCUUACAAUCUUGGGGUCCUAUAUUUGGACGGCAUUUUCCCAGGACUUCCUGGGAGGAAUCUGACACUAGCUGGCGAAUACUUCCAUAAAGCUGCACAAGGUGGGCACAUCGAAGGGACAUUGUGGUGUUCUCUUUACUAUAUCACCGGAAACCUGGAGACCUUCCCUAGAGAUCCGGAGAAAGCUGUUGUAUGGGCAAAACAUGUGGCUGAGAAAAACGGAUACUUGGGACAUGUCAUUCGCAAAGGCCUCAAUGCCUACCUGGAGGGUCUGUGGCACGAGGCUUUGCUGUAUUAUGUUUUAGCAGCAGAAACUGGAAUUGAAGUGUCACAGACAAAUUUAGCACACAUCUGCGAGGAGCGGCCAGACCUGGCUGGGAGAUACUUGGGCGUUAAUUGUGUUUGGCGAUACUAUAAUUUCUCUGUUUUUCAAAUCGAUGCUCCUUCAUUUGCAUAUUUGAAAAUGGGAGACCUUUACUACUAUGGCCACCAAAACCAGUCCCAAGAUCUGGAGCUGUCUGUGCAGAUGUACGCCCAAGCAGCCCUGGAUGGAGACUCCCAGGGAUUUUUCAACCUUGCUGCACUGAUAGAGGAAGGUGCUGUCAUCCCACACCACAUUCUGGAGUUCUUGGAAAUCGACCCAUCACUCCAUCCCAGUAACACCUCCAUACUCCGGGAGCUGUACGAAAGGUGCUGGAGUCUCGGUAACGAGGAAUCCCUGAGCCCCUGCUCCCUGGCUUUGCUCUACCUUCACCUGCGGCUUCUCUGCGGUGCCCUUAUGCACUCCACCCUGAUCUACUUCCUGGGGACCUUCCUGCUGUCUGUGGUGAUCGCCUGGAUGGUGCUUUAUCUCCAGUGUGUCUCAGCCAGUGGCUCCUCUCCAGCACCAGCCUGGGUCUUGGCAGACCCCGCCUCAUCCACCCCAAGUCCAGCUGUGCCUCCAGCUGCAGAUGCCUCCGACCACGACCCACCUAUGAUGGCUAACAACCCCGAGCCUCGUGGGUGAACUGUGCACCUCUGACCUCUCCAGCUGAGAGACCACCCUUUCAACAGUUGGUUCUGGAAGGCUGGGGCCAGGCGUUAUACUGAUAAAUACCUUAAAGGUCUUGUGAACUGGAUGCCGACUUUGCCCUUGGUGUCUUUUUGUUUAAGUUUAAACAAGAACAUACCCAGAGCAAACAAAUUCAAGGAUUACUUUGAGAACAGGGGCAUGGAGGGAGGUGAGCUGAGGCAUCCGACUUUCAUUCUUGGUGAUUGUUCUGGGAACCACAGUCCGCCUUGCCAAGCGUUCGUAUUCCCACCCAUGGAGAGACAUUUUUAAAAGUUUUAGUCUUUCUUCAUCCCCUUUUACCAGGGAACUGGCUGAUGAGGCUUCAGUACCUCUGCUUGCCACAUCCUGCUCCUCAGAGGCCCAACUGGCAGAUUGCUCUCUGAGUCCCAAACCCAGCAGAUAGAAAGAGCCUUGAAACAAACGGAACAGCAUAUAUUGGGAAGGCGAUAGCAUUGCACAUUGGUUUACAUUUCUUUCCCUGCGGAUUUUUCUAGAGGUCAUAGUGCUUCCAAAUCGUUUGAUGACAUUAUUGGGUAUCAUUUAUGUUUCUGUCAUAAUACAUGCAAUAACAUCUAGAGAAUCUUCGCAAUUUAAGUGUAGUCUUCUUCCCAUGAAUCACCGUUAGCAUAGACUGCAACAAUGGAAUACGCAGAGAAACAAGAUGUUAGUUCAUAGGUUCCUCACCAUCCCCUAUGCCUGCCUGUGUCUCUAUAGGGGUGUGUGUGUGUGUAUGUGUGUGUGUGUGUGUGUGUGUGUGUGUGUGUUCUAUGUAUGUGUGGUAUGUCUGUAUAGGGGUGUGUGGUAUGUGUGUGUCUAUAUAGGAAUGUGUGUCUAUAUAGGGGUGUGUAUGUCUAUAUAGGGGUGUGUGUCUAUAUAGGGGUAUGUGUGCUGUGUGUGUCUGUAUAGGGGUGUGUGUGUGUAUAGGGGUGUAUAUGUGGUGUGUGUCUGUAUAGAUGUGUGUGUGUGUGUGGUGUGUGUGUGUAUGGUGUGUGUGUGUCUGUAUAGGGGUGUGUGUGUGUCUGUAUAGGGGUGUGUGUAUGUGUAUAGUGUGGUGCAGUGUGAUGUGGGUGUGUAGGAGGGUAAAAAAGAACAGCGUGUCUGUGCACCGUAUGCUGCUACCGUAGUAAAUAAAUGAGCAACGCAAUACUGUGGGUUCAAACUACUCUCUGCACUGCUUUAUUUACAGGAGUAAAUAAAAUUAUUUUUCUACAGUUGA